AUGUUGGAUGCGCAGCAGCACAAGAAGCUCGCGCUCGCCUCAGCAACUCUCGGGACCCUUACGUGGAUUGGGCUUCAGCCCGUGGACAUCAAGGGGGCUAAGAGACAUGACGAGAGGAGUAUCGAGGAGAAACUUCGCCCUGCGGACGGCUCGCGCCUGCUAGUGGAGUUCAAGGAGCAGUUCCCCGAUGGCCGCGAGCGCGAGACGCUGCGCCUGCCGGGCACGAAGAAGGAGCCGCAUGAGAAUGCAAGGCAGACGGCUGAGCGCAUUCUGAAGGAGAUGAUGACCAUCGAUCCUAGCAUGGUGUCAUUCGAUUUCUCCACCGUGGAGCGGCAAGAGGAGGAGACAGACUCGCCCUCCUUCCCGGUGUUGACCUUGGACCAUGGGGCGGGGGUUUCGUAA